GCUUGCAUGACAGGGGCGAGACCCGGCGGCAGCGGAGGAAGGAGAAGGAGGACGAGGACGGAGGCAGCGCCGUUCCCGUACCUGGGACCAUUUCUGACCUGGUAAUUGUGACCAUGGCUACGAAGAUAAUAUGCCGAAGAUUUGCAGGGCAGCCUUGCAGGACAGCUGCGUUUUCUACUACAAGCAAGCCUGGGGGCAAGACAGUAUUCUUCCGAAAGGCAGCAAAAGGCGGCCAGCCCACCAAAGAGGCAGGAGAGGGCUCUAAACCCGCCACCAUGCUCAGACUGUGGAAGCCUGCAGAAUACCGGGUAUCUUUUAAUCCAUCCGCUUACCCAGGAACCAAAGCCAUAUCUCGCGAGGAAGCCUCGAGAAGUUUGGAGGAGGAGCCACUAGAAAGUGACUGUCCCAGGAUUAGUGCCAAACCGUUACAGAAUGCCUGCAACCUUACCUGCUCACGGAAGCUUUCGAGCACGCAGAACACACUGCUGGAUUUGGAAGGCAAUCCCACUCGGCCCAUCCGACCUUCUUUGGGGCAGCCAACUAAACUGGACCCCGUGAAAGACAACGGGCAAGCAGCUGACGUGGAGGCUUAUGACCCUAAGGAAGAUAUUAGGCUGUUCCAGAAGCAAAGGCCCGAAUACAGAUCUCUGUGCUACAACCGAUACGAGUUCCCUCAGCCCAUUUCCAUGGAAGAACGUGACCGGAUCUUGCAGAACAUCUCCGUAUUGAAAAGUAGCCUGAAACCAAGAGCAAUUGCAGAGUAUUUCCUCAAGCUGAGCCGCUUGCCAGCGGAACAACAAAUAAGCAUGAAAUCCAAUAUGAAGUUUGCUGUGCUUUGCCGCUAUGGAAUUGAGAAGAUCCAGUUCUUCGAUAUUUCCGAGCUUAUGAUGGUUUUAGAAGCGUUUGUCUGCCUGGCCAUCCCACCCUCCCACUCUAUGUUGAAUGUGUACGAAGCGGAGUGCUGCCGCCGGGUCUGGGACAUGACGCUAGACCAGCAGCUGAUGGUGGCCGACCUGUGGCGGUGCUUAGGCCGUAGCAUCCCCCAGUACCUGGAGAGCAUGUUGAGCUGUGUCAACGUUCGUUGGAAAGAACUCUCUUUGCCCCAGCUGGUCCAGCUGGUCUACAUCAUAGGCGAAGGCCGUAAAGCCCCUGAAGAGUUAAUGAAGAAAUUAGACUUCUUGGUGUUAAAACAGCUGGAAUCUCUCAAACUAGAGGAAGUGGGUGCCAUUUGCUUAGGGUUCUUCAAGUCCCACAACGGUCUUUCAGAACAUACCAUGCAGAAAAUUGGAGAUAAAGUCUCUGCCUGUAUGUCAGACAUGAGCUCUUUUGCCUUGGUGAAUGUCCUCAAGAUGUACCGUUACACUCAUGUUGUUCAUCUUGACUUUAUGAAUCAGCUUGGGAAUGUUGUUCCUCCCAUGAUACCAACUAUAGGCAUUCAAGGUGUCAUGCACAUCACCCUUGCCUGUUCAGCUUUGCAUUAUCUGGAUGAAAGGAUUAUGAACGCUGUUGCUGCCUCUUUGCCUUCCAGAGUUUCUUAUUGCCGGAGCAAAGAUAUUGCCAAAUUCUUGUGGUCAUAUGGAUGCUUGAAUUAUGAGCCCCCCAAUGCAGAGGAGCUUUAUGCCAGCCUCGAGGAAGAGAUGCGCGCAAAGAUACAUGAAAUCCAGAAAUUCCCGGAGCAUUUCCUCACCUUUUUGUUAGCUCUGGCAUUUGCAGAGAGGUUCCCAAACGACUUGAUAGACUAUGCUUUGGGUCCUGAGUUUGCAGAAUUAAUCCACAAGAGUGAAUUUGACCUUAGGAAGGAUUUGUUCACUCUGGAUGGCACGGUGGAGAUUGAAUGCCCCAGUUACACAGGCCAUCGCCUUGAGCCGCGGCUUAGGCAAGAGGUAGCAGAGACACUGUGGAACGUUGCCAAGAAGGAUAUUUUAACAAAGCGAGAAUUGACAGAAGCUCUGUCUCUACUAGAGGAGAUGUUGGGUGGGCCCCAGUAUGUCAAAAAUCACAUGCUCUUGCCUCAUACCAGAUCCGUUGAUUUGGAGAUUCGUUUUGACCCUGACCGAAAGCCGUUGCCGUUUAACUCUCAGGCAGUUGUAAAAUUGGAGCUCAAUGAAAGUGGAGUUUCCCUUACAGAUGACUUGAUGAGUCAGCUUUUAAACAGUAGGCCUAGUAGCCAAUCCCCCGUGAAUAACACUGAAAACAAAAUAGAAACGUCUACCCCAAACAGAGCAGCAGCAGCGCCACAGGAUCCGCCUCCACCCACUCGGGAUCAUUUUACGUUUUCAAAUGGAGUUCCACUGACGGGAGCCAUCUUGAAUGCUUUAACCAAACCCAAGGCCUCUUCAUGCAAAGGUCCAGCCCCUCGGUUGAAUGAGCUGCAAGGGCAGGAUGUGAAACUAGCCGUCCAGGUGACUAGCAAGAACCACUACUGCUACAGCUCCAAACGCCUUCUGGGGUUCCACUGUUUGAAAAGGAGGCAACUCCAUCAAAUGGGAUACGUAGCAGUAGAGCUACCCUUCUGGGAGUGGCUGCCUUUGCUCAGACGUAGCCGGUCAGAAAAGCUGAGCUAUUUGCACCACAAAGUGUUUGGCGCUUUAGAUGACAUAGGUAGUCAGUGACCCAUCUGCAGGUUUUCAGAACCAAAAUUCUGAAAAGUUUCCUCAUACACUGAUGCUCUUGGUCUCAGGCAAUGUUGCUAGGUAGUUUAGCACUGCCGUUUAAUGUACCUUUUUGAAACUGCUCAGUUGCCAGCAUCUCUUUGCAGGGUCUGUGCUUCAGUAUUCUUAGGAAUGGCAACAU